AUGCAAACCGAUAGAAGAAAAUACGAUCAAGAAUCUAAAGGACAAGGAGAUAAGGGUGAAAAAGAAGUACCAAGUACCUCUGAUAAAGAAACAACUGAUGGAAAGACAGACGGAGAAAUCCAGUUUCAACAAUCAGUCAGAAAUAACACUGGAUUUAUAAGAAAACGAGGUGACGGAGGAAGUUUAUUUGCAAUAGAUACUACAGGUCAGGAAGAUAUCCUCGAGGUAUCAAAGAGGUUGACAACAGUAUUUGAUGAUUUUAACAACGCAGAAGAUGAGGUCAAAUGUUACAUUUGGGCAAAAACUUUUCUGAAUUUAGACGAAAAACCGGUCAUAUUCCUCAAAGGAAAUCGACAGACCGCCGUAACAACUGAAGAUGGUAAAAUGAUUCGUCAAUGCCGUUUGAUUAUUUUAAACUGUAAACCGGAAGAAGAACAGUUUUAUUCAGUUUUGAAGAAGAUUCGAGCCAGACAGAUUGAGAAAAUAACAGAGAAAGAAGAGGAAGAAAAGCACAAACAAGAUGUUAAUGACAAUGUCUUUGUGCUGUAUCAGAGCUUACAAUUGAUACUAAAGAAGAUGAUAGCUACUCUGUAUAUGAUGUAA